AUGCCUGCCACACCCCAAAGUGAAGUCAUUGUUUCCUCAGACAACUUGGGGAAUAUAAUUGUUGCCCGCCAUGUGCCUGGAAAUUUGGAAUCGAAGGCUGCUCUCAGCGAAUCAAAGAUAGAGACGCCUCGGGCUAAUGACGGCCAAACCGUACAAACGGCCACCAGCUGGAAGGAAAGAUAUGCUCUUUGGGCCGGACUGGCUAUUCUUAUGCUUGUAUAUGAUCUAGACAUAUCCACUCAGUACAACUACUUGACAUAUGCAACGUCCGAUCUUGGUCAACUUUCGCGUCUCGCUAUCAUAACAACCGCCUCCAGUAUUGUCUCGGCCGUUUGCAAGCUUCCGAUGGCCAAAGUCUCAGAUAUACUGGGUAGGGCGCCGGCAUUUAUUCUAACAAUCAUUAUACUAACAAUAUCCUAUAUUCUUUGUGGGGAAUCUCGGAACUUGGGAACCUUGACAGCCGGCAAGCUAUUGCACAGUGUUGGCAUAGCUGGGAUUUCACUUCUUACCACAGUGCUGGUAUCUGACUUUACCAGCCGCCGAUGGAGGGCUUUUGCAUAUAAUGCCAUUUACGCGCCUUAUUUGGUCAUCCCUUGGUUUGCAGCCUUUAUUGUUGAAGCAGUUGUACAUGGCAUUGGUUGGCGUUGGGGGAUUUCCAUGUUUGCAAUCCUUAUGCCGGUCUGCGGAGCUUCACUCGUCAUACCAAUGCUGGUCAUACGACUACGGGCGAAACGAGCUGGUCGAGCAGUCAGGGUACAAAUGACUCUCCGUCAAUUCUUCUCUGAGAUUGAUCUUGGCGGUACUCUCCUCAUCAUGACUGGAUUCGCAAUGUUGUUGCUGCCCUUGAGCGUAGCAGCUGAAACACCAGCUCGCUGGACAACACCAUGGGUGAGCGCCGUAUUGAUACUCGGUUCAAUUACCCUAUGCUGUGUGUACCCAUAUGAGAAACGGAUCGCGAAGAGCCCAGUUGCACCAGCACGAUAUUUUCAUAUGCCAGGAGUAGUCAUUGUCUUUGCGCUAUCCUGCUUGGAUGCUGCUGGGAAGACCUGUGCGGAGACAUAUCUACUUCCAUGGUCACUUGUGGCUCGCCACCUUUCAGUUCGGAAUGCAUCAUUUCUAAUGUAUACUGCAGAUGUCACACAAGGAUUGGCUGGUAUCGUCACGGGACUAGCGAUGUACUUGAUGAAGUCUUAUAAAUUGAUCGGUAUCGCUGGAUCUCUGGUUCGCCUUGCCGGUUAUGGCGCGAUGCUGCACAUAAGGAGUAACACUAGCUCUUCAGCAGCGCUGUUCGCUACACAGGUGGUGCAAGGAAUCGGCACCGGCGCUAUUGAGACUGUGUUCAUCAUUGCUGCGCAUGUCGCUGUUCCCCACGCUGAAAUGGCUCAAAUCACAUCUAUAACCCUCAUGGCGGGCCAUCUCGGAAAAGGCAUUGGGAGUGCAAUAGCAGGGGGUAUUUACACCGGUACGUUCCGAGGGCGGCUCCACGCUCGACUUAAGGACGGAAGCAACACAGCCAGGAUUGAAUCACUAUACAACUCAGUUACGGGUGAUUUACCAGCAUGGGGAACGCCUGAGCGUUUGCUCGUCAGUCAGGCAUAUUCUGAUGUGAUAGGAUAUAUUUGCAUCGCUGCCCUGGUGCUAUCAGUUCCUGUAUUUGUCCUGGCCCUGUUUCUGCCCAACACAAAUCUUGAGUGCGUAUGUCCUCUGUGA